AUGUCAAACACUGCACCCCCUAUCUCUGCUCCUCAUCACAUUGGGACAAUUAGGACAUCAAGGUUCAGGCAUACCAUCUGGAAACAUCAUAUGAGACUUUCAGAGAAGAGGUUGAAUAUUUCUCUUCUAUUCCAAUAUUUAUCAGUCUUAACCAGUACUUACACCAUCUCAAGGCUGCUGUGA